AUGAUUGCUGCUCUCGAGAAAACACGCAUUCGUCAUAUUGUUGCCGUCAGUUGUUACAAGGAACCAAUCGCAUUGAUUGAAACAAUCGUUCAAUCAGUAGCCGAUCAGACUGAAGUGAAUCGAAUAAUCAUGGUGAUCUCCUUUGACGAGAAAACACCUGACAAGGAAAAGAAAUGUGAAUACUUACAGAAUAGAUUCAAAGAUGCAGGAUUUGAACGAAUCAUAUGUACUAUUCAUCCAUAUGGCUUGCCAGGUGAAAUUCCAGGUAAAUGCUCGAAUUCGAAUUAUGGUCUUCGAACAGCUGUUAAUCAAAUUAAUGUUGCUGAUGAUGAUAUGAAAAAUAUUCUUGUGACAACAUGUGAUGCUGAUUCAAAAUUUCCGCCAGAUUAUAUUGCAGCAUUAACUUGGAAAUAUUUACAAGAGAAUCAACCGGCAUUAACCACGAUCUAUCAAUCGCCUUUGUUUUAUAACUGGAAAUUGGACAGUCUAUCAUUCAUAAUGCGUAUCACUGGAUUGUUACGAAGUUUAUUAAUGCUUGGUGCUCUCAUUCUAUUCAACAUCAAUACAAUGAGUAUUUUCUCUUAUUCAUUUAGUCUAGCAAAAAAAGGCGAUUUUAUUCACCCACGUUAUCAAAUGGACGAUAUCAUUUGUCUUAUUCGAUGGAUGGGUGAAACACAGCAACGUCUUCGAAUCUCGAUGAUUCCUGUACCAGUCAUUAGUGGACCAACAUCAGACGAAACAGUUGAAUAUGAAAUUAUCGAAUGGGCAAGACAAGCACGUCGUUGGACUAUCGGAGCUGCAGAAGUCUUUCAUUAUUUUAUUAUCAAAUCGAUACAUAUGCCAAAAAUGGCAGCGUUUUCUUGA